GUAAAUAAUACGAAAUAGAAUUAACUUUACCUCCAUUAUCGUGCAGUAAGUCAUUGUCAGCAAGCAGAACGCAACACCACAAGCGGUUGAAUAUUAAAAAAUGCACAUAAGUACGUACAUCAUACUGAUGUGCUUGGGUUCUGUGCAGCUCGAUCAGUUGAAAGAAAUACUUGAAAAGGCAGAGUUAGAAAUCUACAUUGAAGAAACGAUCCCUACCGUGAACCCAAGGUACAAGCUACAGUACCACAUCACUCCACCCGUGGGAUGGAUGAACGGACCGAAUGGUUUCGUGUUCUACAAAGGAGAAUAUCACCUGUUCUACCAGUUCUACCCGUACGACACGCAGUGGGGACCCAUGCACUGGGGUCACGUCUCGAGCACCAACCUAGUGGACUGGAAGACACUGCCUACAGCACUCCGGCCUGGCAAUGAACAGUGUUUCUCGGGCAGCGCCAUCGACAACGAAGGCAUCAUGGUGCUCCUGUACACAGCUCACCAAGCGACUGAAGACGCACCAUUCUACAAUGAAUCACAAUACAUGGCGUUCAGUAUUGACGGUCUUGACUUUCACAAGUACAAAGGCAAUCCUGUCGAUAUAUUGCCACCUACAGGCACUCAAGAUUUUAGAGAUCCUAAAAUUUGGAAGUACGGAAAUUUCUGGUAUGUGGUACUCGGCAGCAAAACUGCUGAUCACCGAGGAUCAGUGCUCUUGUAUAGAUCUAAAAACUUACUCAGUUGGGAAUUCAAAAGUAUUCUAGCGGAAUCAAGUGGUAGUUUGGGCUACAUGUGGGAGUGUCCAGAUUUCUUCGAGAUUAAUGGCAAGUACGUUCUUAUGAUUUCUCCACAAGGUAUGGUCAGCCGCGGAGACAGGUACAAGAACACGUAUCAAACUGGAUACCUUAUUGGGAGUUUCAGUUACGACACAUGUCAGUUUAAGCCCGAGAUUAACUUCCAAGAAUUAGAUUACGGGCACGACUUCUACACCACGCAAACAACGGAAACUAAUGGCAAAAGGUAUCUCGUGGGAUGGUUCGGAAUGUGGGAGUCUUUGCAUCUUGAGGAUAUUGAUGGCUGGGUUGGAGCCAUGACGCUCGUAAGAGAAUUGGACCUCGUCGGGAGUCGAGUCCUUAUGAAACCUGUUGAAGCUAUAACUAAACUAAGACUGGAAACUAUCAUAGAAGGAGAAUUCCACCAUAAUGCUACCAUUGAAUUUGAGAAGGCUGGGGAAAUCAUUGUGAACAUUGACUUGAGUGAGAAUAUUGAGCUGGAAUUUGUUGGAAGCAAUGGUGGAGACAGGACUUCUUUGCGGUGGAGUGUGGAUGAUGGUAAGGUCAUAGUGGACAGAGCUGGGGACAUCCGCCAGGGGAUAUGGGAGCCACUGGACACCGUAACUUGGAGGAUCUUCCUAGAUGCUAGUUCUAUCGAGGUGUUUUGCGGAGAAGGAGAGAUGGUGUUCAGUUCGAGGGUGUACCCUAACGGUGACUGGCGGGUGAUAAACAGAGGUCCACAAUCUCUGCACGUGGUGGCAUAUACGCUGAAAAAAUUCCAACCAGACUUAUAGAUAGAGAGAUCCAUAGUUUAUUUACUUGUUGUACGGUUAGCGUUAGAGUUAGAAAAAUGGGUGUAACUAUUGUUUGUUGGCUUUGUUUACUUUUUUAUAUGAACGUAAAACUAGAAAUAAUAGGUAUUUACAUUAUUAUUAUAUUCUGAACAAGAGAUUGCAUCAUCUUAUAGAAUUGUUCUGAAUGAGACGUUUGCUUUUUAUUUUCAUUAUUUCCUUUUUUCUUUUUCAAUUGCUAUGUGAUUGAUUACGUCAUACGUCUACAUACAAUACUCGAUUCAUAGUUAAGCCCUCAUUGAUCACUUAAGUAUUACACUGUUGAGCAUAACAUUUAACAUUCGAUUCAUAUUUUGGUUAGAACAUAGAGUUACUAAUAAUCAUUUUAAAAAUUGAGUAAAUUGUCAAUACUCUGCCUAUUUCUACUUGCUUCCUGCGAUAUUAUACUACGGUGUGGUUCACAGUAUACCAACACAAAUAAAUUGGAAUUUGAGGGCUCAUACUCACCCCUCCUUUCUCUCCAGCCGGCAACGCACUGUUAACUAAUCUUAUGUAGCGAGUACAAAUUGGUGGCGCUGAUUGCUUACCAUCAGGUGAUACGCCUGCUCGUAUGCUACACCAUAUUUUUCUAAUAAAAUACACAAACUGUGACAACUAGAUGUAAAAUGUAACAUUUUGAAUAGCUAGUGGAAGAGCGAGUUUAUCUUGAUCAAAUAUGUUUCCGAAUGUGUCGCAUCGGUUUCAAAUAACUCAAUAUUUUUUAUUGUUAUCGGUUUUGUAACAAUAUUUUGUUAGAAUUUAUUGCUGCAAUGGAGGAUAGUUGUUAUGAUUUGUUAUUUAAAGUAUACAUAGGUUUGUAUGUUGAUAUUUUAUUUUCAUUGUUAUCAUGAUCACUCCCUUUUACAUGGGACUUAUCUAUAUAAAAAAUAGUGAAAAGUGGGUGUACAUUAUACAGUGGCAUUAUGUGCCGUAAUGUGCAUGAUGAUACAAACAAAGGUCUGCAGGAGGCAUUGUAACGUCUAAAUACUUAUAAAAAGGGAAUAUUUUGAGAAAUACUGCGAUAAAUAUUGAUCAAAUUCCCAUUGUUUGUCAAAAAAUUAACACGCGAAAGACCAAAAAAUUUCGAA